UUGUCAGCCACUCUUGCGCGCAUCCAUGAUUUCAAAAGAUUACUUGUAGUUACGUUCACUUUGUUAUGUCAAUUUAAGCCGUGUCAAAUUCAUCGCGCGCAGUUUCCUCCCAUUUUUUCGGAACCUUUGAAAGUGUUGGGUGUUUCUGCAUACUAUGGAUUUGUGACAUCUAGCUGCUCACAAGAUGGCAUGUGGGCAGGGAGCUAUGCGACCGAACCCGGAUUUCCUUUUUCAUCCUGUACGUGCGGUGAACGUUACGCUCGGAGCCGAAUCGGUUCCUGCCGAGUGCGUGAACCUGGUUGCAGCGUCCUCGAGGUUUGGAUUGAUAUUUGCAGCAUUUGAUCAGGGUGUGAAGAUCUGCACUCUUGAAGAUAUUCAAAACUGCGAUGAGGAGGAAGGACCCAGAAGCAAAGGACCCGCUGAGAAUUGCCCCUUUCGUCUGUUACCAACGACGGGGCCUGUCCUUUUGGUGGCACUUAAUGCUGAUGACACUACACUGGCUGUUGGAUUGUUGCGGGAUGGCAUUCCUGUUGCUGACAUGUAUGAUGUUCGAGGCUUUGCAGGCCAGGCACUAGAGACUAGACCUAUAGCGACAGUACGGCUGAGUGCAGAGCCUGGUGUGACCUUGCAAGACUUUGCAUGGAACCCAGUAGUGUGCGAAAUGUUUGCUGUCUGCCUUGGCAAUGGCUCUGUGUCCAUCUAUGAGCUUUCUAGGGAAUCUCUCAAGAUUCUUGGCAACAUUCCAAGUUCUGCAGGGGGCACUGCUUUGUGCUGGAGCCCCAAAGGAAAGCAGCUCGUGGUGGGAAAGAAGGAUGGCAGCCUAACACAAUAUAAGCCAGACAUGCAAGAGGCCAAGAGCAUUGCACCUCCUUCGCUCUCCAAGAACAGCGUCUUAGUUUUAAGUGUGUGUUGGUUGGCCCCUACUGUUUUUGCUGUUGUUUAUGCCCCGGCAAACCAAGUAGCAGAUUCCCACGCAAACCUUGUGAUUGUGACCUUUACGAAAACAUCUCCUGUUACUUAUACUGAUUUUGGAGAACCAUGCCUGCAGACUGGGGAGCAUCCGAAGGAACGCUUUUGGCUUUACCAUCAGCCAGAUUGGGGCAUCCUCAUGUGCAUGUCCAGAAACUCUGUUGAAACUGCAGUUUUUGGAUGCAAAUCGGCAGACAAGAUGCAAUGGGAGCUCUGGGAGCUGGAUAGCCAUGGGAGAGCCGAGGUGCCACUGAAGAAUAAAGAGGAGACAUUCCCUCUGGGAAUAGCAGUGUCUUACAAUGCCCAGCGCAACAUCACAACCAAGACAGAGUCAUGGCCUCCAAUGCCCGUCUUUAUGGUACUGUCAACUUGUGGACGCCUUUCUCCAUUCCACAUGAAGAACUUGGCACAAGGAGUACCUUCUCUUGUGCGACCCCCUGAGCCUCUUCUGCCAAAUGGACAGCGGAAGCCCAUGAGCAACCCUCCGCAGCCACAAAUGCAACAGGCACCACAACAGCUGGCUCCAACCACGUCAACUGGAUUCUUGCCUGUCGGGCAUGCCGCUCCCUCUCCAGCAGCAGUUUCAGCUGCUAGCCAUAUUAGAAUACCAUCCGUAGGAUCUGGUACUGCUCCUCAGCUUACAACCACAGGAGCUGCAGGAUUUCCCCCUUUCUCCAGUCAGCCAUUUUCCACAGCUACUUCAUUCAUACCUGUAGCCUCAUCUUGUGCAGCAGCUGCAGUUGCCUCUGGCAACACUGCUGCACCUACAUCACUGUUCUCUACAACGACACCAACGAUAGCAUCUUCUCUGCAACAACAACAUCUUUCGUCUGCAACGACAGCAUCUUCCAGUGGGGGUAGUGUGUUUUCAUUUGGUGCUAGUGGAGGAGGGAAUGCUUCCUCUUUUGCUCCAGCCUCUGUGCCCCCAGCGGCAAAGUCAACAUCUUUGACUGCGUCCACAACUUCUAGCCAAGGGCUGUUUUCGGUGCCGGUGCCCUCAUUUUCAUGUGUUACGACUUCCACGCCACCAGCUAUAGGCUCCAUACCAUCAGCAGCAUUUACAGUGCCAAGUGCAGCUCUUACAAAAGCUGCUACAGUUUUUAGUGUUUCAUCUGCUCUUUCAUCAACCCCAACUGGCUCCAUCCUUUCAAAGGCAGCAGGAAAAGACGCUAUAGUUUCCCAGGGGUCGUCAGCUCCAGUGCCAGUAGUUUCUCAACAUACGUCAGUGGCUGCACCAACGACUUCAGCACAGGAAACAGCAGGUCCUUCUCGGCAGUUGAAGACCUCCUCUCCUUCAGCUGAGGCAGCUUCAGAAAAGCCUUACAAAUUGGAGCCAUCUAAGGACGCUGUCCUCGCAGCCAUGAAGGAGGAGAUAAAAGAGUUUGGGAAGGAAGUGAAGGCUUUGAAAGAAAAAUCGCUGAGCACGGACAUUAAGCCAGCCGGCAGUGAUGCCAACCUAAUGAAAAUCAAGAAACUAGGCACUGCGUUGGAUGGCACUGCUGAAUGCUUGAAGAAGGACAUGAAGAAGACUCAUUCAGAUGUGCAUGGUUUACGUAACCUGAUGUUUGAGACCUUUGCACUGCUGGAGGAGGCUCGCACAAGGUACAUGAGGAACAGGGACCCCCAGUUUGUAGGACUUCUUCGUGAUCGAAGCUUGGACCCUAUCUCGGCCAGCCAAUUGUCAAAGGCCCGGCGCCUGAAACGCUACGUUAAGGUGCAGCUGCAAGAAGUGCAUACACGCCUUGAUCUAGAUUGGGAAGAGCAGGUUGCCCGCCACAAAAACAUUAGGGAUAAGGCUGAGCUUUCAUCAGCUGAGGCCAUCUACUGGGCUUUGCGCGACUGUCGCAAUACUGCUGAGCUACUCUGCAAAACUGUCAAUUCUUUGGAAACACGAUUGAAAAAGGCCCAGGCGGAAAGCAAGCAGAAGAAGUUGUUGCGAAGACCACGCUGGAAUGAGCCUCGGGACGUGACCAGGGGAGAGGAAGUAGCUGCAUUGGCAGAUUGCCUUUUGUCAACCAGCCUUUCACGUACUCCUAGUGAAGCCAGUGGCAAGGCACGUGCUAAGCCACGCAGGGCUGCCCUUAGCGCUGAGAAGAGGUCAGCUCUGGCAGAAUAUUUUGGACACAGGGAUGUGUCUGUGAUUGAGCCUCGAGUGAUUGACGAGCACUCAGAGUCACGCCUGCUUUCCAAGUUGGGACUGGUUCUUCAAGAGUCUGUUGGAAGCGAUCAAACAAAGAAAAAUGAGCAGGCAGCCCAACCUUCUAAAGCAACAUCAGAUCAGCAGCGUGGGUCAUUCUUGACACCCUCAACUCCUGCAAAGUCGACCACAUCAGUAGAGACUAGGGAUGCCAUAUUGACACCAACAUCAUUCGGACUCUCAGAAGGGGCCACACAGUCAUUUCGUACAUCAAAACCUCUUCCGCUGACAAAGGUGAUUGAGGUAUCAGUGCAACCCAGCAGCAGCGAUUCAGACCACAAGGGUUCGGCAGCACUUGCCGCCGUGCGUCUUCGAGACCACAGUGACCUAACCAUCACACCGCUGACUAUGGCACCACCAGAGAUCUCGUCUGCAGCUGUUACGACUGUUGUGACAAAGCCACUUCCAACUCGCUCUGAGGCCAUAGUCACCUCCAAAGAGGCGGGUUCGCUGUCUUCUUUCACAGCACCUAUGACACAGCCAGAAUUCAAGUUCAAGUUUGUUGGGCAAGGUUCAUCAGGUGCAACGGCAGUUUCUUCAGCUUUCUCUUCUGGGUCUACAAGUAGCACAGCUAAUGUGUCUGGUGCUCCAGCCCAGGCUUCCAUCUUCAGCUCAGCCAAGCCCAGUGUGACACCACAAGUGACAGCAGCAUCAACUGGCUUCAAGUUAGGGGACUUGCACACGUCCAAGCCUGGUUUCGUGGCUGUCAAGCCAUCUUCGAGCCCAACUUUUAUGCCUGUUUCACAGGCGUCUGCCCUCCAAUCUGCAGCUGUCACUGAAGAGAGGGCUUCAAGUGAUGGGGAACCAAAAGGAAAUGCGGAGCCACUGUACGAAGAUGUGACACCUCCUUUGUCUCUUACGCCAGAACAGGAAAGUGAAGCUGUAGUUUCUACUACGCACAUCCCCACCUCCAGUGCAGUGUCAUCACUCCCAUCUGCAGUGUCGACAGCAGGGCAAGCACCAGCGCAAACAUCAUUCUUCUCCUUUGCAAAAAGCACAACGGCAGCACCUGGAUACGGUGGCUUUGGUGUGGUCACCUCUGGGCCACUUUUUAAGCGCGGAUUCGACCAGCAAGAGGCAACACCUGAGAAGUCACUCUUCGGCAAUACGGGUUCGACGUCAGUGUCUACUGCAGCAGCUUUCAACUUUACCCUGUCAUCUGCCAACGACAAGCCCACAACUGGUACAUCGACAACUGGUAGUGUCCCUGCACCACUUCAAGCCAAGUUUGGUGGCUUUCAGAUAGUGCACCCUCAAUCUGGUGCAGCACUGCCUUCUAAAGACGAUUCCGUAAAAGAUGCUGCAAUGCCUCAGCUGUCGUGCCUUCCAUUUGGGUCAUCUGCCUUCACACAGUCUGCGGCUGGCAGUGCUGGCAUCUCUGGGACCCAGGUGACUGCUUCCACGUCACCAUUUCAGCCCAUUUCAUCCGUAGCAAGUCAGCCGGAAAGUCUCAACCUGACAGCCGCUGCUACUUCUGCUGUUGCAUCAGAGGCCCAAGCGCUUCCAAAGGCGGCGUCUAGUGGAUCAAGCCAGACAGAGGCUGUUUCUUCUAUGGCUGUAACAUCUGUGUCAGGAACGCCCAGUAUUGCAUCUUCUGCUCCACCUGUAUCUACAUCCAGUCAGGCUUCAUCACCAACAGCAACUGGGCCAAGUAUGCAAGCUAAUGUUGCAGCUCAAGUUGUUUCUACUAUGCCAGGCCCACUUCAAUCCCCAUCUGUACCAAAUGAACCAGGAGCAGCAGCAUCUGUUGCUCGCACUGAAGCUGUGUUUGGGCAAGGGUCUUCGCCAAUAGUUAUAGUGGUACCUGUGGCAAAAACAACUGGUACUACAUUUUUUGGCCAGCCAGCUACAUCUACACCUGCAUCGACAUCGGCUGCAACUUCUUUUGCACUAAGUUCUGCUACCGCACCAUUUGCAAGCCCAGUUUUUGGCAGCCAGCUUGCUACAACUUCAAGCGAAUCGCCUGCACCACAGACGGGAACAACUGCAGUUACCACUCCUGCAUUCAGUCAGGCUCCCACAACGACCACUGCAGCUUCACCUGCCCUUGCUCCACAGGCCUUCAAGAUGCCACUGGGAACAGUGACAUCAUCAGCUGCUCCACUGUCUUUUGGAGCGCAGCAAACAGUUGCCACUACCACUACCGCAUCAGUGCCAUUAACAUUUGGCAAGGCAGCUGCAACCACAACAACAGCACCAGUGUCGGCAUCAUCUUUGUUUGGACAGUCGACUGCUGGUGCUGGUGCAAAUGCGUCAACAAUUUUUGGAGCCACGACAACAUCAGCUGCAUCUGCAACUAGCACACCUUCCAUUUUUGGGGGUACAACGUUCACUUCGUCUACAACACCAGCUACCACAUCAUCAUUCUGGAAGCCAGUGGCAUCUGCUGCCCCCAUGUUUGCACAGGCUUCGACGGGACAAUCAGUCUUUGGACAGGCGGCAACAACAGCAGCCUCUCCUUUUGGUCAGCAAGUGGGGACAACACCAAGUUUUGGCCAUACAGGGGGAUUUGGCUUUGGCCUGACAGGAGCAGCGUCAACUGCUGCAAGCACUUCUCCAUUUGGCCAGAUGGUCCCAACAACCGCUACGGGAGGCACGAGCUCCUCCUUGUUUGGACAGAAGUCUUCGUUCGUCUCAGGUUCUGGACAAACACCAUCUCUGUUUGGUCAAAGCCUCUUUGGCCAGUCCAGCGCUCCAGCAUUUGGCCAGCCACAGGCUGCGAGCACAUUUGGUCAGCAGUCGCAAGAACAGAAACAGCAAGGAAGUAGCUCCACUCUAUUUGCCGUAGGUGGCUCUGGUUUCCUCUCUGGCCUUGGAACAAAGCCGGCAGCAGAUGCUUCUAGCAAGAAUGUGUUUGGUGGCCCAUCAUCCUUCACUUCUGCUGGCCAAACCGCAAACCUUUUUGGAAAUCGAGGUGCAACCACUUUUAAGUCCUCCACCUUUGGAAGUUCUAUUGGCAGUAGUGCCUUCUCAGGGGGUGGCAGCUUUAGCAUGGGUGGUGGAAGCGUCGCGCAGUCUGGCUUUGGAGGAUUCCAAGUGCAACAGCAGCAGCAGACUCCACAAACGCCGCCAAGGACAGCCGCCUUUGGAGGCCCGCCAGCAUUUGGCGGCAGCCCUACAUUUGGUGGACCUCCGCAGUUUGGUGGAUCGCCGACAUUUGGUGGCAGCCCGUCAUUUGGUGGUGCAGCCACAUUUGGAGCUGCAUCUGCACCGCAGCCCCAGCAAUCGCCUCCAACACAGCAAUCUGGUUUCAUGAUGUUCGGCAACGUAGAAGGUCCGACUUUUGGAGGCCUAGCUGCGCAGAGCAGCCCUCAACAGCAAGGAAUGAGCUUUGUAGGUGGAUUUGGCACUCCUGGAUUUGGAGGUUCUAAUCCCAGUUUUGGAAAUCAGAGGUUAGUAUUGCAUGUCUUUGGAAAUCAGAGUGGUCAGCCAGCAGAUCCGGCACCAGCUUUUUCACGAUGGCGCAACUGAAGUUUUCAGGAGAUUCGUUGGGUGUGUGUACGUUGACUUGGAACAGUAGUGCUGUGUGUUGUCGAAGCAUCUUACAGCAUGGAAGAAGAAAGAAGCAUUAAUUAUAAGAAUGAUUGGAACUGUCAUACAUAAUGAAUUGAAAUAAUGAAUUGAAAUUUUAAAUAAAAACCGGGCUCAUCACUGUU